AUUCAUAUCAAUAUAUGAAUACAAUACGUCCCCUCGCGCCCGUGUCGGGGCGAGGGGACGGUUUAAAGGGAUACAGUUACACAUAUAUUUUGAUUUGAUUGUGUGUAGAGAGAGAGAGAGAGAGGGGAUUGCGUACUGCUUGGAUAAAGACGAAUGUCCAAGUUUUUCGCGCCCUCCUAUGGUAUUGGAGUGAUUUGCAAGCAGCCUUGGGGAAACAGACAAUUACAUUUUCUUUAACCUAUCUGUUUACCAAAUAACAUUUGGAUUAAUCCAUUCCGUUUCUUACGAGAUUAGUUGGAAGAACAUCGGCUAUUCUUAAACAGUGGCGCGGUAUUGUUCAUGGAAUUGCAUGUUCAGUUUGUCUGAACAAGAGCCCUGAAGGUAUACAUGACCAAUAAUUAUAUAUUCUCAUCUAAUGUCAUAACAAUAAAUUCCCUCCGAAAUGCAAUGAAGCGCACUUCGAUGCCAACUGUCCAAUUGCACAUUUGUAUCACUCUGGUGAAGGGAGAGGUUCUGUCAGCCAAUAAGGUUGCAGGUUCUGUCACGUGGGUCGGAAUUAGACACACACACACACACUACUUCCGAAUGCAUCAGAGUAACAUGGGAGGCUACCGUCUAAGGAGGGGAUAUCAGCAUGUAACUUGUAUUGAGUGUUUAUAUUUGUCGAUGCUAGUAGACAGGGGGUUGUUUGGAAAUCGUUCUUAUGCCAUCAACUGUACUCAUAUGUAUGUGUGUUGACAAUUAGAACGUGAUUACUUGAAGCAAUCAUGAGGCUGUUCAACUUUCUACUAAAAGAUGUAACAUCGAAAAUAGAAUAUUAUUCGAGGUUCUCUCCCUCACCGAUGUCUAUCAAGCAGUUUCUUGACUUUGGUAGGGAGAAUGCAUGUGAGAAGACCUCCUACGUGUUCCUGCGUAAGGAGCUUGCGGUGCGGGGGGCCAACACCAUGAAGGAAAUCAACCUGUUACCCAGUGACCUGCGUAUCCAGCCGUCCGUCAAGCUUGUGCACAGUUGGUACAUACAGAGCUUUGAAGAGCUGUUGGGUUAUGAACACAGGGGUCCAGAGGACAGCCGCACCUUAAACGACUUUCUAGACACCCUGGUCAAAAUCCGUAACAGGCACAAUGAAGUGGUCCCCACCAUGGCCCAGGGUGUCAUAGAGUACAAGCAGAGGUUUGGCUUUGAUCCUUUUAUCAGCAGCAACGUUCAGUACUUCCUGGAUCGCUUUUACACCAACAGGAUAUCCUUCCGCAUGCUCAUUAACCAGCACACACUCCUUUUUGGUGAUGACAGAACCACCUCCCAUCCCAAGCACAUAGGAGGUAUUGAUCCUACCUGCAAUGUCCCUGAGGUGGUGAAAGAUGCUUAUGAGACCGCUAAGAUGCUCUGUGAGCAGUACUACAUGGUCGCCCCUGAGCUGAACAUAGAAGAGUACAAUUCCAAGGCCUCUUCGAAGGCUAUCCAGGUGGUUUAUGUUCCAUCUCACCUGUUCCAAAUGCUGUUUGAGCUCUUCAAGAAUUCAAUGCGGGCCACAGUGGAGCUCCAUGAGAACAGUAGUGCUGGACUCCCCCCAGUGAAGGCCAUGGUGACGCUUGGAAAGGAAGACCUCUCUAUCAAGAUCAGUGACAGAGGAGGGGGCGUGCCCCUCAGGAAGAUUGACAAGCUCUUUAGCUACAUGUACUCCACCGCGCCCACCCCGAGCCUUGAACCAGGAAAUGGAACUCAGGCUGCACCACUGGCUGGCUUUGGGUAUGGUCUCCCCAUUUCUCGACUUUAUGCACGUUACUUCCAAGGAGACCUGAACCUCUACUCCAUGGAGGGGGUGGGUACAGACGCUGUCAUCUAUCUGAAGGCUCUGUCCAGUGAGUCCUUUGAACGUCUCCCCGUCUUCAACAAGUCAGCGUGGAGACAUUACCAGACUGGCCCUGAGGCAGAUGACUGGAGCAACCCUAGCAGUGACCCACGUGAUGCAGCCAAGUACAAGAUCAAAUAACUCUUGAGUGUGGCCCUCAGGCAACGCUGCAUGCCAUAGGUCAUGUCUAGUCACAUGACAGACACAUUAAGUUACCUUCCACUCCUACAGUGAAGCACAGAACUAAAGCACAGCACUGACUGAAAUAUUGUCUCAACAGGUAACAUAUUUAUUUCCAUCAGGCAGGUAAAGCCAAAACACAGUUUAAUCCAGAUCGUCUUUAUUUCCUUGUUUGCUGGUAUGUUAUUAUUGACCACAGUUUCCAUGGUAGCAGAUCGGGAUUGGUGACCACCUCCGUCAGAUAGCAUGACUCUGUUAUUAGGUUUAAUAAGUGUCACGUGGGAGUGACACCACAGGAAAUAAUGUACUUUUUCCCUUAAUGCAAAUAAUGGCCUAGCGUAACAGUAUACUGUGUGAAACAAGAAUAUUAGUUUAUCAUUUUUUGGCAGUGUGCAAUGGUUUUCAAUAGAUUAACCCAGUGGGCAUUUUCCCAGCUUAGAAAAAGGGAUUAGGUUAGUAUGUAUGUGUUUGACAUGUGACAUGAAAUGUUACUCAGGAUGGUGCAAUUUGGUACUGUAAGUUUAUAAGAUUAUAAUCACUUUGGAUGCUUAGGAAAUGCAUGGAACAAUAUCUAAAUAAAUUGAGACAUAUCUUA